CAUUACGGGAAAUCCAGUCUUAGGGUUUACCGUCGCCGGCUAUGGGGGAGGCGAAGGCCGCGGCCGCGGUUAAGAAGGUCAAUCUCAGCGAUCACUUCGCCAUCAAGCGCAUGCUCGAUGAGACUGUGUCCGAGGUCAUCGGCGACAUGGGAUUCAAGGAGAAUGUGACGGUGAGCAACAUGAAGCUGGGCCUUGGCUUUCUAGCCUGCCUCGUUGCUCUGGCAGCGCAGCUCUAUCCCAAGAAAUUCCCGGAGAACAAGCCAGUUCUACUCGUCUGCAUUGCCUUGUAUGUUGUCUUGAAUCUCGCCAUCCAAGCGAUCGUCUACUUCAAGGAGAAGAACAACAUAGUCGUCACGUAUCCGUUCCCGGGCUCGUUUACCAGUACUGGACUAGCAAUAUCGUCCAAGCUCCCCCGUCACUCGCCAAAGUAUACUCUACGCAUUGCGAGUGCUGAUCCGGGUCACAUCUCGGCCCAUUCGCCGGUGGAGUUUACCAAGAGCGUUACAAAAUGGUUCUCCAGCGAAGGAGUUUUUGCAGAGGCUUUGUUUUGGGAGGAUGUCCGAAAGCUAGUAGAAGACUAUGACAAAGACAGAAAGGAGAUUAGCAAGUCGAAGUAAGUCAAGGCUGUCUUGAACAUUGUCUCUUCUAAGUUUCUUAAACCGAAGGUAAAGAAUACAGUCCAAUCAAGUUGCACUUCCAACAUUUCCACCA